AUUUCCUGUGAGUCGAGGAUGCAGGCUUCAGCAGAAACCAACCUCUCUCAGCGACUCAAAGUAGCUAUCGUCGGCGGUGGAGUAUGCGGCUUGACAUGCGCAAUCGCUUUGGCCAGGGUGGGAAUUCGUGCUGAGAUUUUCGAAGCAGCACCACAUUUCGGAGAGAUCGGCGCAGGAAUUGGUAUCGGUCCGAAUGCAGCACGAGUCUUCGAGUCGAUUGGCGUCCUAGACGAGGUUUGCAUGAGAACGCAGGAGCCAAGACUUAACAUGCGUACAUUCCUCUUCAUUUCCGGCCAGGAGGGCCAUGAGCUGCUAUAUGAGUAUCCUGGAACCGAGAGAGACAGCGGACUGGGCGCAUACCGCCCGUCCCUUCUAGAUGCCCUCGUCCGCUUUGUCGAUCCGAGUGCAACCCACUUCAACAGGAGGUGCACGUCUUACAGUACCUCGGAGAGCAACCCACGGCAGACGACUCUCCACUUCUCCGAUGGCAUGACGUACGAUGCUGAUGUGGUGAUUGGCGCCGAUGGAAUCAAGAGCUCGAUCCGCGCUUCAAUGCUUGGAGAAGCGACCCGCCAGCCGGUGUACAGCAAUACGGUUUGCUAUCGGGGCCUGAUUCCCAUCGAGAAGGCCAAGGCAGCUGGCGUGAAGAGCGAUUUUUCCUCCGGGCGGCCGGUCUGCUAUAUGGGGAAGGACAAGCACAUCAUUGUCCUCGGUAUCAAGGGUGGCACAAUUCUCAAUAUUGUGGCCUUUUCAGCAGACCAUGAAGCACCUAUAGGCUCCAUCAGCCUCCCUGCAGGAGAGUCUUGGGUCAAUGAGGUUUCUCAAGAUGAGAUGCUACAAGUCUAUGAAGGUUGGGGAAGCGAAGUCACCAAUCUGCUGAAGUGCCUCGAAAGGCCGAGUAAGUGGUCCAUCAAUUUCGUGCACCCUGCCCUCGAUAGCUAUGUCAAAGGCCGAGUUGCUUUGAUUGGAGAUGCGGCACAUGCUAUGCUGCCACACUUGGGUGCGGGCGCUGGACAAGGCCUCGAGGACGCAUAUCUCCUUGCCCAGUUAUUAGGGCAUCCCCAAACCAACCCAUCAAACAUUGAGAUUGUCCUCCAGGCGUACGAUCGCUUGCGUAGGCCCCGUGCUCAAAUGGUAUGGAAUGGCAGCAUGCGUGCAGGUGAGAUUUACGACGGCUGGGGAGAACACGGAUUAUCCGCAGAAGGGGUAGAGCAGGACAUCAAGCGAAUGUGGGACCCCGUGUGGCACCACGACAUAAAUGAUGAUGUACGAGACGCAGUCGAAGGGCUCAAAGACGCGGGGGUGUUGGCUUAGACGUCAGUGCAGUACUCAGACAACUAUGAAUGAGUAUUGGAGCACAUGUCCUAUAUACUUCCACUGUCGGGACGGGCACUGCAACUGCGUGCUGAAUUAUUUCAAUGCUAUCAACAAAUCGUUCCGCAACAUGGAGAUAGUCGUCAUAUAAGUACACUCAACAGCGGAUAUAGGUAUACCUCAGGCGCCGAAGCCGUAGAGGGUGCGUCCGGACCUCUUCAGCGCGUAUACGACAUCCAAUGCAGUGACGGUCUUACGCUUCGCGUGCUCAGUGUAUGUGACAGAGUCACGGAUCACGUUCUCCAGGAAAAUCUUGAGAACACCACGGGUCUCCUCAUAAAUGAGGCCGGAAAUACGCUUGACACCACCGCGACGAGCGAGACGGCGGAUAG